AUGCAGGCGGACGCCACCGACAUGGAGACGCAAGUGCCCGGCGCAGCUUCCUCGUCGCUGACCCAAUUCGACAACAGGGAGAGCGCGGAGAUCGACUCCUUCAUGGGGGAGCUCAACUUCUGCCUCGGGCCGAGCGACAGCGUGCUGUCGGGACCGUCUCUGCUGAAGGACCUCAACACCGCCACCAACAAGAUCGUCAAGAAUCUGCUCAUCCUCAACAGCCCAGAGGACAGCGAGCCAGCGAUGCGUGACGCUCUGAAGAUAGAGGCCGACUUCGAUGCGCAGCACUCGGAGUCGCCGCAAUACCCGGCGGCCAAGGCGUACCUCUCGUGCGUGCGGCAGCUGGCGAUCGAGGGGUGCCCCGCCGUAGAGACGCUGGACGCGCUUUCUGAGGUCUACAAGCCCGCCUUCCGCAGGGUCGCGGGGGCCCUCUCGGACUUCGGGUGCACCAUCACCCCCGGCGACGAUAGCGCCGGGAGGAUAAGACCCGUGGACAAAGACAUCUGUCUGUCGAUCCUCGACUACGCCGUCCCCGCGCGGGAGCAGGAGGGGACCACGCCGACGAGGGCGCUCAACACGCUGGUCAACCGCGUGGUGCGCACGGUGUGCGUGGGCUCAGACGAAGAUCUGCAGGCGCUUGCCCGGGAGAUGGAAUCCAAGCACAACAAGUUCAUGACCAAGUGCUUCGGGAAGGGCUCCUGGCAGGGCACCCAGGAGGACAUGUUCUACCACGCCCUCGUCAACCUGGUGAAGAACGGGCUCACCGACGAGGGGGUCCCGGCGCUGAGCGGCGCGUACCUCAACUCGUACCAGAGGCUCAUGGGCAUCCUGGUGCAGGAGGUGGGCACCCGGAGCACCCCGGCCAGCGAGAUGGUGCUCAAGAGCUUCUUGGCGUGGGAGAGGGAGAUCCGGAAGGAGCUCACGGAGCCGGCGUGGAAGUCGAGACCUUCGGACCUUGUGGGGUCGUGGGCGUUGAACACGUCCGGGUGGGACGGGCUCACCGACCUCCCGGUCGACAGUUCGGCGGCGGGCGGCGGCACCACCGACGGGAUGGUAGACCUGGGCCUCAGCGACCUGGUGGUGUCGUUCCGCAAGGACGGCACGGUCCAGAUCCCGGUGGAAAAGGGGGUGGGGCUGCAGUGGCGGGUGGAGCCCGGCCCGACGCACCUCGACACGAUCUACUUCGAGAUGAUCCCGGCGGCACCGAAGGUGAAGGCGUCGUCCAAGGCGGGGGCGGGGGGGGCCACGACGCUGUCCUACACGGGGUACGUGGACCGGGGGGCUAGGAUCGAGGCCAGGUUCUCGAAGCGGUUCCUCAAGAUGACGGGCCGAAUGACCUCGGUGGAGCGGGGGCAGGAACGGCCGUCGACUCGCUUCGCGAUGCGGCUCGUGGCGAGGGGGGAGGGGAUCGGACUCUUGGAGUGAUCGAUCGCGCGUUAUAUCUUGGUGGCUUUUUUGACGAGUCCAUUUUUUUUUUUUUUUGUGGCGUUUGAGAGCGCCCUUUUCUUGCGGCCGGCGUUUUUGCCGUUGUGGCAAUGCAAGACAUCGCAAAAGUCGUUGUAGUCGUCUCUCCUGUUUGGCCCAUCGACCACCACACAACACUGGUGCUUUUUUUUGUGAAGUAUAGGUUUGUUUGGUUUGAAUCAUAGGAUAAAAUUUAAAGUUUUUGGGUGGGUGGAUUAUAGAGCAUCUGGCGUUACUGCGAACAGCCCCCCGCAGCACACCCCCACCUCUCGCAGGCGCGCCGGUAGUUGUACAUCGGACACUUUUUUUUUCAACUUGACCAGUGCCGUUCACAACUUGUUCCCUUUUUUCAAGGUGGUCAGCAGUGAAUAACUUGGUAUCCUAGCGCGCCUAGGCGAGUUGUUGUCUCGGUAUUAGGAGAGGUGGGGUGCGGUUUUCGACUCCGUUUCGGAAGCUGGGUCACCUAGCUAGUUAGAGAGGCGUUUUUCUGGUUGGUGGUAGGGACGACACGACAUCGGUAAAGCAGCGGCGUCCAAGGUGAGAGCUGUGCGGAAACACAGCCGGCGAUGGGAGGGCAUACCACAACUAAAGGAAACCAUCUACAGCAGUCCGGCAGGUUGAUUUACUACACAACACCCGCCAUCGUAGACGCAAGAAAGCGCCCAUGUUGGUCGCAGUAGCGCUGAGAAGACGUGGAUUUUUCUGAGUGGAACAACAUUUUAGACUCACGCGGCCACCCCCCAAGCACAAACACUAGGUAUACAUCUAAGGCCAUGAUGACCCCCUGUGCCUGGCGCCCAAUCUGGUAGUCGAGUGCGCGUAUUUGAUCGCCUGUUUGGGCGUGUUAUACGCCUCGCGAUUCGCCCCUGCCUCCCUCAAGCCAGCCCCCGUCGUGCGGCGUACCGUCUACCGAGUGCCCCCUGCAACCCAACUCUUAAGGUGAGGUACGGAUUUCGCUCAGCGCUCCCUUCCAGACUCACAGAACAACCUCCGUGCUUCGCUGUGUCCGAUGACUCCUGCCUGUGUCCGCGUUGGCGGGCAGACUG